CCCUCAUGAUCGCAAACGCGAAAGCAACGGGUCGAUUUUCCGUACAUCAACCAAGACUACUCGAAUACUAGCAAAUAUUAGUGAUAUUGGACACUGUCAGCAUUCUCAGCUGACGCACUAAAGAGUAAUAAUAUAUUAUCGAAAAUGUCGUUUGGCGAAAAAAUAGCAUCGAUCAUGCAGAGGCCUGGACAAGACCCUGUUGCCAAGGACGAUGUGCCUUGGUGGAUGAAAUAUGCCGGUCGCGGACUUGGCACUGUAGGCAGCAUAAUUGCAAUUUUUCUCGGAGCAUGGAAUUGUGCGUCGAUACUUUUUGGCCAGAUUGAUUGCUUAAUUAGCGGUAUGUGGCAAAUGAUAGCAGGUUUUCUGGUUGUUAUGAUCGAAGCGCCUUGCUGCUGUUUGUUUAUCGAUUUUGUACAAAAUUUAAGCGAUUGGGUGGAGAAGAAACCCUAUUGGAAUAGAGCAGCUGUUUAUUGUUUAAUAGCAUUGCCAGCAGUCUUCCUAUGUCCAGGAAUGAGUAGUAUAUUUGGCAGUGGUUUAAUAUUUACAACGGGUAUAAUUUAUGGCUUGAUGUCUUUGGGCAAAAAGGCGCCUUUUGGCGAAAUGAGAACAACAGCAAUGGAUAUUCAAGCUCCAUCAUCGAGCAUGCGGACCGUACUAGUUGAAAAUACUCAGCCAAUUGGUGUUAGCACUCCAACUAGUACUCCAGCUAGUAUUGUUUGAUUAGGAAUUAUAAUUGGGUGAGCAAUCUAACAUGUUUUGUGCGAAUAAUUGUAAGCGAUAAUUAACCGUUUAAAUGAUCAGUAGCUCGAAUAAGUGAAUGAACUUCAUUUUAUCUCAGCUAUAUCAUUGAUACAAAUUGUGUGAUUCAAAUGUUCUAAUA